AUGGCAGGCUUAUUCAAUAGAAGGAAAAGACCUGACUCCUAUCAAGGGUUUAGCAAGUAUACACAUGAAAUCAACACAUUCCAUCACCCUACUCAACAUGCUGGAUUGCCAUUACAGCUACACCAACAACAGCAGCAGCAUCAGCAGCAGCAGAGAACACAAUCCAUGACGACCGCUGGUGCUGCGGCUGCUGCGGCUGCUUUGAGAUUGCACAGUACACCUAUUAAGCAACAACAACAACCAACUAGUCCUACUCAAAGACAAUAUGGUCGUUCCAACUCGUUAAGCAGUACUAAUAGAUCCAAUUCGUUAAGACAAUACACUUAUCAUCCAAAAGCUUCCUAUCAGACUGGUGGUGGUGGUGGUGCAUCAUCAACAAAUGAUCAGGGCUUACCCAGACGAUACAAUAGCUUAACAUCGCAAAGUAGAAACAGUCUUACAGGAAGGAGCCAAGCCAAUCAAAGACAAUUACAGCAACCACUUCAUCGGGAUACUUUCCAUGAAGUGGAAGAGGAAAAUCAACACAGGGUACAUCAUGUUAACGAAGAUGAGGAAGAAGUGGAUUAUGUAGUGACAACUACCACAACAAAAGUAGUUGACUCACAAGGAAGAACACAAUCUGUAACUACAAAAACAGUAAAGACAUUUCCUGAUGGCUCAAAUAUUAUUGAAACUGCCACAAAGAAUAUAUCGAGAUCUAAUUCAAGAGCCAAUUCCCUCAGUUCGAAUAAUUAUAGAAAUAACUCAAUUACUGCCUCCGCUUCACAUCAACCAAUCAAUUUAACCAAAAUUGACGAAGAUUUGCAAAACUUUGAUUACGAUUAUCAAGUGGAUAGUCUUGAUGGUGGUGGCAGAUUGAAAUUAAACACAGGUGAGCAACAACAUCCACAGGGUAGAAAUAUUAUUGCUGAAGAAGAAGAAGAAGAAGAAGAACAAAGUCCUGAAGCUCAAUUGGGUGCACCUUUUACUGAGUUUGCUAGGCCGGAAAAGCCAAGGCAAUAUUCAAAUGAUCGUACUUCAUCUUUAAACAGUCAGAACAGGCCAUUGAGAUCGAUUUUGAAGAGCCAAAACCCGUUACAUGAAGCACAACAACAAUAUCUGCAACAACAUCUGCAGGAUGCAUCACUUGAUGCCCCCCCUGCUUUACCCGCAAUUGCAACUGCUGCUGCUGCUACUGCUGCUCCGCAAGUUGCUAGAGAAGACAUUCACUCGUCUUCUCUGGACGCUCACCACCCUUAUAAACAUUUGACUUCAAACACACAAGAGCAACAAACCCCACAACAUUCUCAGCAGCCAGCCAAACCAACAAUUGCCACCAGUCCAACUUACAAUAACAACACCUCAUUUAAUCGACAACCUAGACAGCAACAAAUUUCCUCGCCUAGAGAAAACGUCCACUACAGUCAUUCACCAGGAAGCUCCAUAAAGUUUGAUGACAAGGUAGAAACCAUCCCAGUUGAAAGAGGAAACUAUGCUCAGCCAACUUCACCAAAGCAAUAUCAAACUAGAUCCAAGCAGACUCAUCCUGGUCCUCCAUCAUCAGCUGCAGGUGCACCAGUUGCAUCUUCGUUGCAACAACCUAACGCUGACUUCUAUGCUGCCGCAAUGCAAGCAGCAUACAAGAAAGUAUAUGGGGAUCGUGACCCAGCAACUUCUCCAAAUCAAACAGCCACAGUUUCUCCUACCAGCCCAGAUUUUCAUCCAUCAAGUCCAUCACAACAAACACCUCCACAAAUUGAAAGAAGACAUUCUGGCCGUAAAUCCAAAUUUGGCUUUAUUCCAUUAACCCCACGAAAGGAGGCAUCUUCUCCGCAGCAAGGACAACAGUUUGAGCCGCCAGUACAUCCAAACAGUAAUAAUCAAGAGCGUACCUCAUCCAUGAAUUCAUUGAUUAAGAACAAGAUUCAACGCGAUCAGAAAGCACAAGCUGCAAUGAGUAAAGGUUCCGUUCCUGUCAAUUAUGAAUAUAUUAAUCACCAUAAACAAUUCCCCAUGCACUCAAUGCGUGAAGAUCCUCAAAAACAAAAGGAGGAACAACGUUUGGCUAAAGAGCAGACCAAAGAGCAAAAACAAGCUGCUAAGGAACAGGCAAAGGAGGAUAGGAUUAGAGCUAAAGAGCAAGCUGAAGAGGAGAAGAGAUUGGCUAAAGAACAAGCCGAGCAAGAAAAGAGAUUAGCGAAAGAACAAGCUGAGCAGGAGAAGAUUGCUGCCAAAGAGGCCAAGAAGCGUGAAAAGAAGCCUUUAUUUGGAAUAUUCAAUAAGAAGAAUAGAAGACAGAGCCAGUCAUCGGUUUAUUCUGGCACUAGCUCUAAUGUUGGUGUAUCUUCGCCACAACAACAACAACAACUUCCGCAGCAACAGCAACAACAGAAUCAAGGACGUACUAGUGUAUCAGACCGAGGCACACAUGCAACCGGUAUUGGUUCCGGUGCUCCUAUUACUGGAGGAGCUGCUGCCACUGGAAUUGCAGGAUCGAGUAGUGAGUAUAAUGUUGGUGGAAUUUCAAACGAUGGUGUAACAGAUAAACCCACGGGUGUCGCUCCUCAACCCAAUGUUGAUACAAGAGUUAGCUCUGUUUCCGAUGCGCCAACUCGUCCUAUCCAAUAUGCUGAGACAAGUAAUCAUGGUGAUAAUGUUGCUCGUGGCUCGCCCUCUACAGUACCAUAUGGCAAGCAUAAAGCUGUUCCCACUGAUUUCCCUGCUAAGGAAAGUGAUGCAACUUAUGGAGCUAACGCUAUAGGUGAAUCGCAAACUCAUGAAGGUCGUACACCAGUACAAAUAAGUUCUCCUGUGAAUGUGCAACGCCUUGGGCCAAAUAUUGAAGCAGAAACUGAUAACCUUCAAAAUGAGUUGGAACACAAUAAGGGCGGUCGAUACGGCGUGAAUGGUGAAGGAAUUACUGGUUCCGGACCAACAGCAGCAGGGGAAACUGUAUCGCCUGUUGCCAUUAGCUCCCCAGUGCGUGUUGAACGUCUUGGACCAAAUAUUGAAGCAGAAGCGGACGACAUUACAAACAAAUUGGAGCACAACACCGAUGCCUCUGGUAGAGAUAGUGUGGUUGAACAACAGCGUGGAAACACACUUGAUCCUCGUGCGCAGGCCACUGCAACUAAUGAUGCUGAUACAACUGAGCCUAAAGGUUUGAACAUAUACUCAAAGGAAGAUGCUGCUGCUGCUCCUGUUGUUAUUCCUUCAAUAAAGGCGAUCGACAAGAGUCCCUCUAUUUAUAAUGCUGAUGAAGAACUUGAUGAUGGUCAAUCCUAUAAAAUAUCAGUACCAAGAAAGCACUCGCAGCAAGAAAAUGAUUUUGAGUCAAGGGACCAGGUACAGCCAGAGCCUGCUACUAGUGGGUACGCAGACAAGUCGGCAAACAAUAAAGUGCCAGCUGAUAGUUACUACCCCCUGCCAAACUUGAGCACAAAGCAAAGAAAUUCGGUUUAUGAUCAUGGAGAGACCAAUGAGGGUCAAUCUUUUUCAAGAGUGCCUGUACCCGAGUUGAAUGAAAUACAUGACGAGGAUGAGCAUGAUACCCGUGAUUUGGAAGAUGUUACCGUUGUUGAGGAGACCAGGAAACAGGCUCCAGUUCAGGAGGAGCCUUCAUUGAAUAGUUAUGAAAAGAUUCCAACGCCUACAAAUAACGAGAAUGAAAAGUACCAAGUUAUUGAUAAUGAUGAAGUUGCUGGGGAUAACAAUGAUAACAGAGUAGGUGACGAGGUCAAGUCAGACACGGAUUCGGAGCCUGUCGUUAUUGAUACUUUGACUGAGCCUGUUGGUUCCAACAUUGAUCAAGAUUUACACUACAAGACUCCUCAAGUUGAAGCUGAACCGGCAUUUGCCAAUGAGGCUACCAGACAACACAGUGAAGUUGGUGCCCUGGCGUUUGUCAUGAAUGACAAAUUAAGUGAUCCACAUCAUCACGAAAACUUGGUGAGUGAGAACUUUGCUGGGUCCCAAUUUGUUAAAAAAAGCAAUUCGCAGCAGGAUUCGCCUUCUAGUAGAGGUUUGCAAGGGCAAACAAGAACUGCGUAUGUAAGUGAUGAAAUACCUCGGGCUGAAAUAGCAUCUGACAGACAGCAGGGUUCAAAUGAGUUGCAACAGCCUCAACCGCCACAGCAACAACAGUCACAACCACAACCACAGCAGCAGUGGCCUCAGGAAGCCACAAAUGGUUACUCCUCGUCGGCUGAGCCAAGUGGUGACACGUUGCCUACUACUCAGUCCAAGCACGCCGUUGACCAAGAGCAAUACAAUCCUGACCUUGAAGGCGUUUUAGUUGAAGAGAAGCAGGGUAAGGGUAAAAAGAAUAAGAAAGAAAAGAAGGAGAAGAAGGAGAAGAAACCGAGCAGAUUUAAGGAAAAGAUGUUGAAAUAUUUUGUUAGUGGGUAUGAAAAUUGA